UACUUUGGAAGGAAAUAGUCACGUGUUCUCAGGGCAACAACUGGGCGGACUUGGAACUCCAUGUGCAGCCUAAGGUAUUCAUAUGGUUACAUUUAAACCAUUUUUAUCCUGUUUAGCACUUUUGUUGGUUGUUAUAAACCCUUAUCAAAUACUUUUGUUUUAUAUUUUGAAGAAGAAGUAGCUGGUGAGUCCAGUCAAUUCACGUCUAGCUUACUAUUAGAAGCUGAAUUUGUGAAAAAUGAAAAGAAAAUGGAAGCCAAACACCGAAAAGAAGAAAGGGAAUGCAGUAUUACAAAAGUACAUUGUGUCUGUUGAUGAUUUCGUUAAAAGCAGCGGCAUAGAAAAGACUGAGCACUACCAUGGGACAAGAUUUGUAAAAAAGAAAAGCAGAAAGGAACUACGUAAAGAGAAACGAAAGAUGAAAAAAGCUAAGAUGAAAAGUCAUUAUGAAGGCCAAAAAAGCAUCAGUUUAUCCCCUGGUUCUGAUGAAGAGUCGGGCAUAAGGGCUAAAAAACAGCCACAGGUUCUGAAGAAGAAAACGAAUAAAACAAACAAGGAUAUGUCAAGCCCAAAUACAAGCAAGUCUGCUCAUGUUCCUACGGAGAAGGCAGAUAAGUCUAAAACACCACCAUCCUCCAAGAAAGGAAAGAAAGUUAACAGACUGCAAGAAUCAAGAAAACUGGCACUAUUAGAGGCAAAUGAACAAGAGGACAGAGAGAUUAAGAAGCUAGAGCGAUGCCUUGGAUUAAACAAGAGGAAAAACAAAAAAAGUCUCCCACAAUCAUUUGUGACUGAUGGACUUGAUUACAUCCUCGGUGUGCUUGACUCUGGCUCAUCAGCAGUGGGAAUGUAUGAUGAUGAUGAUGAUGACAAUGACUUGGAUUUUGCCAAACAGAACUUUGAAAAGCUGGAUGAGCAUGACUCUCAGCUGUCAGGUGAUGAGGGAGAAGCUGAGGACGAGAUGGCAAGUGAAGACAGUGAUGAGGAGAUGGGUGAUUAUGAUAAUGAUGAUGUUGACGAGGAAGAGGAAAUGAAUGAGGAGGAGGAAAUGGACAAUGACAGCGAUGAGCUGAAUGAAAGUGAUGCAGAUGCCUCAGACAAUGAAAGAGAAGAGGAAAUGGAGGAAGAAGCAGACAACUGUAACACAAAGAUAUCUGACUCCAGAUCAGAAGAUGUCACCACGACAACCAGCAAGUAUGUUCCACCUCAGCUUCGUAACACUGGAGAUGAUAAACGAAAAGCUGAGUUGGAAAAGCUGAGGAGAAAUGUAAAAGGCCUGCUGAACAGGCUAAGUGAACCAAGCAUGGCCUUCGUCUGCAGUCAGCUGGAGGAGCUGUAUAUGAGCUGCAGCAGGAAAGACAUGAACGACACUCUGACAGAGGUGCUGCUCACAGCCUGUGUCACCCCGACCCUGAUGCCUGACCGGCUGCUAAUGGAGCACGUGCUGCUCGUCAGCGUCCUCCAUCAUGCUGUGGGGUUAGAGGUGGGAGCCCAUUUUCUAGAGACAGUCGUGCGCAGGUUUCAUGAAGUAUACAAGAGCCUAAGUGAUAGCAAAGAAUUAGACAACCUCAUUGCCAUUGUGGCUCACCUUUAUAACUUCCAGGUGGUUAAUUCUUUGCUCAUCUUUGACAUCCUGAAACUGCUGGUCGAAGCAUUUACAGAGAAGGACAUUGAGCUUGUACUGUUCUUGCUGAGAAAUGUUGGAUUCUGCCUGAGGAAGGAUGAUGCUCUGGCUCUCAAGGAGCUCAUCUGUGAGGCCCAGCGCAAGGCCGGUGACAUGGGAUCAAAGUUUCAGGAUCAGACCAGGGUGCGUUUCAUGCUGGAAACAAUGCUGGCUCUAAAGAACAAUGACAUGAGGAAGAUUCCUGGAUAUGAUCCUGAGCCUGUGGAGAGACUUAAGAAGCUACAGAGGACCCUGAUCCAGCGAAGUGCCGGAGGCAGUGACGUGAAACUAAGGGUCUCUCUAGAAAACCUCCUGGCAGCAGAUCAUGUGGGCCGCUGGUGGAUUGUUGGCUCAUCAUGGAGCGGCGCGCCCAUGAUCGACAAGCAAGGCGACACAACACCGAAGCAGAGUACAGCUGGAGGACAGUUUAGUGCUAAAGUUUUAGAGCUGGCUAAGAAACAAAGGAUGAACACGGAGGUCAGAAGAAACAUCUUCUGCGUGCUUAUGACCAGUGAGGAUUACCUGGAUGCCUUUGAAAAACUCUUGAGGAUGGGCCUGAAGGACAAGCAGGAGAGAGAAAUUGUUCAUGUCUUGAUGGACUGCUGUCUGCAGGAGAAAACCUUCAACGCCUUUUACGCUGUACUGGGAGAGAAAUUUUGCUCCCACGAUCGACGCUUCCAGAUGACAUUCCAGUUCAGCCUAUGGGACAAGUUCAGGGAGCUGUCCAACCUUUCCAGCAGCACCUUCAACAAUCUGGUCCAGCUGGUGACCCGUUUUCUCCAGAGGAAGUGCCUCUCACUGUCCAUUCUCAAAGUAAUAGAGUUUGGAGAACUAGAUAAGCCCAAGGUGCGCUUCUUGCGUCAGGUGCUGACCAAACUUCUUAAAGAAACUGAACCCGAGGAGCUAUCCAACAUAUUUGGAAGGAUUUCAGGAAUUUCCAAGCUAGGAAUGCUGCGGGAGGGCUUGAAGCUUUUCAUCAGUCACUUCCUCCUGAAGAAUGUCCAGUCACGGGGACCAGCUGAGCAAGCAGCCGUGCUGUUGGAGCGCGCCCAGGUCGCCACCAAAGCCAUGGAGGCCAAAGAGGCCAAGCUCAAACUGUAAAACACACAUACACUCCAGAAAUCCAAAAUAUGUACUGUGGAACAGACGGACGCUUGUUGGGGAUGAAUUGAGUCUUCAAAGAACAAAGAGAAAUCUGCUAAGAAAUAAAUAAAAAUAUUUUUGAU